AUGUCGGAUAUAGGUCAGAGGAGAGCGGAGGCUGAGACAAUCGUGAACAUCCUGCUGGUUGUGGCUACGCUCCAGCAGAUGCUUGAUCUUCCCAAUGACUUUGACUCUAGCGACCUAGAGUUUACAGAAUAUUUCCUGCAGCUGAUCAUCAUCCUCAGGGUGCCCGGUCUGCCCAAUUGGCAGUCACACAUAGGCUGGCUUGGCCUAUUCACCCCCGAGAUGACACUGCUUGCUAUGGACACUUUCAACGACUAUCUGAAAUACCUUCAACAGACUCAAUCGGUGGCGCGCCCUCUCACAUACGACCGGCGCCAGAGAUUAGGGGAGAAUGUAUGGUUUGUCAUAUUUGACGACCAGAGUGACAAGGAUUUCAAGCGAAAUGCAAGGAUGUCCAAGAAAACCUUCCACAGUCUUUGGGAAGUCAUUCAAGACGACGAGGCUUUCCACAAGAAUUCAAGGAAUCCUCAGGAGCACUUGGCGUACCAAUUGUACACCACCUUAGUUCGCUUGGGACGACGAGGGAAUGGCAUGUCCCAUGGAGAGGUUGCUGAGAAAUUGGGGAUCAAAGCUGGUACAUCAUUCCUAUGGACUAUGAGAACUCUGGAGGCUAUUCACAGGUCCCUCGGCAGCAAGAAGUGUAUUUCUUGGCCUGAUCCCAAAGAGAGAAAGAGGAUUCGCAGGGAGUUUGGCCUGACAUCUCCUUUUAAGAAGUGUGUGGGCCUUAUUGACGGCACUCUAAUUGAAUUAGAGUAUGUCCCUGGGCGCGAGGAUAAGCGCCUGUGGUAUAGGAGGAAGGACACCUAUGGGUUCAACGUCCUUGUAGUUGCAGACCAUGAGAGUCGUAUCCGUCUGAUACAAUUGGGAUUCCUGGCGUCAAGCCAUGAUCAGCGAGUCUAUUGCAACACUCGAAUGUACCAGGAACCUGAGCACUACUUUUCUGAUGGCGAGUACCUCCUUGCGGACAGUGGAUUUACACCCAACCCAAACUGUGUUCCAAACUACAAGAGCAAUGCUGGAGGUCGAAACAGGCAUGCAGGUGCAGCCAGAGACCACAAAGUCUUCAACGACCACGUCAAGAAGGUCAGAGUGCGCAUAGAACACACCAUUGGCUACUGGAAGGCGCGCUUUCAGAGUAUCAAGCUGCUGUCACCACAAGUGAGGUCUUCUGAUCACCAUGUCCUCAAUAUGAGCGUCUGGAUUGUGGUAUGUGCAGGUUGGAAAUAUGGCGUUUUGAAGGAGCAGUCGCUGACACUCAUUCAUCAGGUCACUGCGCUACUUCACAACUGGGUCAUUGACCAUGAAAACCUUGAAGAUGAGGAAAUAAUUGACCCCAAUGAUUUGGAGGAGAUCAUGCGAGAGGAGGCAGUAGCUAGUGACAGACUGGACCAAGAAGCUAUCCAGGAGCUCACCAAGGCCAAGCGGAACGAUAAUGGGUGGAGGCGUGAGGCUGUGCGAAGACAGAUCGAAGGCAUGCAAGCGCGGGGAGAGAACGUUGCGUAUGUGGAUCCAGAGUAA